AAAUUAUCGAAUUAAGUCAUUUGACUGAAGUUUUUCAAAGUGAAAAGAUGAAAAUUCAAAUAAUUUUUUUGGCUGUUCUUUUAACAACAUUUAACUUUAUUAGCUAUGCUAAUGGAGUGGAUCUCCCGGAUGACUUCUGUAAAGAUAGCCCCAACGAACUCGUACCACAUCCAGAAAAUUGUUUUCAGUUUGUAAUUUGCGUCGGUGAAGUUCCUAAUAUUCAAACAUGUCCAUUUCCCACUUUGGUCUUCUAUAAUGGGAAUUGUGUUGAAGGAUAUCCUGAUACGUGUCAAAUUGGAACAACAACAUCAACAGCACCCAUAACAACCUUGACUCCAACUACAACAACAACAACUGAAAGUAGUCUUCCAAAUGAUUUCUGUCAUGGAAUCAACUAUGGCAGAUUUCCUCAUCCCGAUAAUUGUUUUCAGUUUGUUGUUUGCAUAAAUGAAGUUGAAACUAUUGUCAAUUGUGGAUCGGCGGAGGUUUUUUAUAUUGAAGCAUGUGUUGAAGGUGAUUUUAUUUAUAUUUUUUUAUCUAAGAUAAUGUCAAUGCCAAAUUUUUACUCAGGUGAUCCUUUGACAUGUGAAAUUUUCACAACAACGACCACAACUACCUCCACUCCAACAACAACAACCGAAUGGAGUCUUCCAAAUGAUUUCUGUAAUGGAACAACUUACGGUCUCUUCCCGCAUCCCGAAAAUUGUUUCCAGUUUAUUGUUUGCACAAAUGAUAUUGCAAGUGUUGUCAAUUGUAAAGUAAAUGAGGUUUUUUAUAAUGAAGCAUGUGUUGAAGGAGAUCCCUCGACAUGCCAAGUUUUUACAACAACGACCACAACAACUGAGCCAACAACGACCACAACAACUGAGCCAACAACGACCACAACAACUGAGCCAACAACGACCACAACAACUGAAACCACAACGCCUACAACAUCGACAACAACGAAACGACCAGUAGGACCACCUGAGCUUUGUAUCGGAAAUAACUUUACUUUUGUUGCAAAUCCUGAUUAUUGCUUCCGAUACUUUUACUGCAUGUUUGGUGUUGCACUUCCUGGCGAAUGCAGUCCAGGAAAGAUUUUUAAUGAACAGUUUAGAGGAUGCAUUGAAGGGGACAAAAAUGCUUGUAAAAUAACUUUUUUAAAUUUGUAAAAAAACAAUAAAAAUAGAGAGAUUUUAAAAAAUUAUAAUCUUGUAUUUACUAUUGUAAAGUAUCGUGUGUAGAACCAGCUUCCAUCAUCUAAACCUGAAACCGGUUAAAUCC